AACCAAACAACUGUCAUAUAAUCCGGAGUCCUACGCGCAUGCAAAGCAGGUGGCUCUCUACCCAUUCCUGAGUCCGUCUCUCUCAAUACUGAGUGAAAGGAAGCGUGAGAAAGUAAAGAUUGCCGAAGUCGAUGUCGAACCUGCCCCAAUCGCUCUCCAUGAACGCGCCCUUCGGAGGUCCGAGCGUGUCGGUCCCAAGCGCUCCCGGAGCUCCGGCAAACAAGGACCGGAAAAUGGCCUCGGCCGAGCACUUGGUCCUCGACCUCAGCAACCCUGAACUCCGAGAGAACGCUCUUCUCGAACUCUCUAAGAGAGAAAUAUUUCAAGAUUUGGCUCCAUUGUUGUGGAAUUCUUUUGGUACUAUUGCUGCACUUUUACAGGAGAUAGUUUCAAUAUACCCCGUUUUAUCACCACCAAAUCUAACUCCUGCACAAUCAAAUCGAGUUUGUAAUGCUCUUGCCCUUCUUCAGUGUGUAGCCUCUCAUCCAGACACAAGGAUGUUGUUCCUCAAUGCUCAUAUACCAUUAUAUCUGUACCCCUUCCUUAAUACAACAAGCAAGUCAAGGCCGUUUGAGUACUUGAGGCUGACUAGUUUGGGUGUCAUUGGUGCCUUGGUAAAGGUUGAUGAUACAGAAGUUAUUAGCUUCCUUCUCUCAACAGAAAUAAUUCCAUUGUGCCUACGCACUAUGGAAAUGGGUAGUGAAUUGUCAAAAACAGUUGCCACAUUUAUAGUUCAGAAAAUUCUGUUGGAUGAUGUGGGCUUGGAUUAUAUUUGUACCACCGCAGAACGGUUUUUUGCAGUAGGUCGAGUUUUGGGGAACAUGGUUGCAGCCCUUGCUGAGCAACCCUCAUCCCGUCUGUUGAAGCAUAUCAUUCGAUGCUAUCUUCGAUUGUCAGAUAAUCCAAGGGCUUGUGAUGCAUUAAGAAGUUGCCUUCCCGACAUGCUAAGAGAUGCUACAUUCAGUGGUUGCCUUCGGGAAGAUCCCACAACAAGGAGGUGGCUACAACAGUUGCUUCACAAUGUCGGAGUAAAUCGGGUUCCGGCACUUCAAGCCGGGGGAGGAUUUGAUCAUAUGAUGGUGAACUAAAUCAAAAUUAGACUUUUAAUCUGUUUACUUUUUUCUUCUGCCUUAGAUUGGAAAAGUUGCUUCUUUUAGCAGCAAUUAGAAAAGUCUUGCUUCUUGUAUGUAAUUUCUUGAACUUGGGAUGCAACACGCAAAAAGAGCCAAGUUGGUCGUCUGAGGAGUAGUCUUUAAGCCAA